AUGCAACAUCCGUUCCUCCUUCUACUUGCCUGCAACUUGGCUAGUGCGCUUCCUCUACAUCUUCCAGCUUUUGAGUAUCAACGGCCAUUGAAGUCAGUUGAUCUUCCUCAUACAGCGCAACCCUCCACAAAACACCUUGAUCGCGUUCCGAGGUCAGCAGAGCUAUUGUUCACCGCCAGCGACGACGAUGAGAUGGUCCACGUCUGGCUGCCCCUUGGAAAACGCAUAUACACGCGCGAUUAUCCAGUGCUUCCAUUGCAUCCGACGUCUGCGCGGAUCAGUAACGUCCUCGGUGUCUCAACCGAAGUGACAGCUCGACAUAAGCAGCAGCAAGUCACGUGUAUCAUCUCAGCUGGUAAUGAUUCGAGCGAAAGAAAGUUCGUUGGGCGAGACCGCGGCGCAAAGCAAGCAGAGAUGGAGGUGACUGUAUCGUUCCAGGAAGGGGAUAGAGUGGUCAGGUUUGAUGGACCAGAUUCCACGUGGCAUCUCAAAGGGAGAGAAGUCAAAAGCUACGAGUGCUUCUAG